AUGCUCUCCUUGGUGACUUUAGGUCUGAAGAAUGCUCUCUACCCCAGGCUCUUCCUGAACAGUGUGAUCUCUGCUCUGCUGGGUAUAUGCCUGGUAGUGGUCAUCGCCAGUUACAUCUUCAUCGAGUUCUUCUUGGAUCCCUCAAAGCUGCGCACUGAUAAACACUUCCAAGUGAAGAAUGAGACUGUGGUGUGGUUUGUUUUCCUGCCCGUGGCUCCGGUCUCCACAGCAGGACCAGCCAUCCCUGCCCUGGCUGGCCUCACCAUCGCCCUGGGCCUGCUCUCUGGUCUGCUGCUGGGGCAUCUACUCUGCUUCCACUUCUACCUCAUGUGGAACCGUCUGAAUACCUAUGAGUACAUCGUCAGACAGAGGCAUCGCCAGGAGCCCAGAGACAUCAGUAAAGGAGUACAGGGGACCCAAGCAGUGCCUCCUAAAUCCAACCUCAUCAAGGAUGUAAGCUACUCGGGGACUCUGGGCUAUACCAACCCUGAGAUGGAGGUGGAGGAUCCUACAACCAUGGCUGCAGCGCGGGGGGGGCUAGAGUACUAUGGCAACGGCAGAGUUCAUAGUUCAUCCAGCAGGAUGGUCGAAGAGGAGCAGUCACACACCGUCUCUACUGAGCACAGAGCUGCACCACGGAAACACAUCCAGAAGAAAAAGAAGAAAGUCCACAAAGUCCCAGCGGAGGUGAUCAACGACCGUUCCACUGAGACCAGCAGCAACAGAGACCCGGCCUUCAACACUACAGAACCUGUAGACUCCUGCAGUGUAACUCCAGUCCCCACGUCCGUGUCCCACCUGUCCAGCUCCCUGAGUCAGCACCUCUCCUUCCCCCUGCGGGCCUCCCAGCCCCCCACUAUCUCCCUACAUCCUGGUCUCCAACCUGACCCCGUGCUGCCCGCUGGGCCCCCUGCUGAGUAUCACUCUGACUCUGCAGAGUCCCUGGAGGAGAUCCCCGUGGCGUUGGCACGACUGGGCACCUCCGCCGCGGCAGGACCGUCUACGGGUAGGACUGCAGCGUCUGGGUCGUCUUCUCAACGCUCUCUACUGCUGCCUGCAGCCCGACCCCAUCCCUCGCCCCAGCCCCGGACCAAGAGGAAGUCCUCUGCACACAGCAGCAGGACAGGGGGAGGGGGGGAGCAGAGGUUUGAGAUGGCCGCUCAGCCUCCUACGGUCUACGUCAGUAGGAGUAGUGGACAGCCGGGGGGAGGAGCCCAGCACCGGGACAACAAACACAGCAGCAGACAGGCCAGUAGGCAGCCUGGUCCUGGGUCCAGCUCCAACCAUAGCUCCAGGGCAGGCACCCCAAUGGCGUAGACUAGCUCCCCCAGGAUGGACCACUGCACCCUGGGCUGGAGGGCUGGCUGGCUGUCUGACUGGUUGACUGGUUGGCUGCCUGACUAGCUGGCUGUAUAACUGGCUGGCUUGCUGGCUGGCUGGCUGGCUGACUAGCUGGCUGUGUAACUGGCUGGCUGGCUGACUAGCUGACUGUGUAACUGGCUGACUAGCUGGCUGGCUGGCUGAUUGUCUGUCUGACUGUCACAUUGUUACCUUGAUGACUAGGAUACACUGCUUUUGAUAGAGAGAAACAAUCCCUGAUGUAGCGUUGUGUCGAUACAACCUAUGAAACUAAAUAACUCAGCAGAACAGAAUGGACUGACUGACUGACUGACUGACUGACUGUCUGACUGACUGACUCUCUGACUGACUGACUGACUGACUGACUGUCUGACUGUCUGACUGACUGUCUGACUGACUGACUGACUGACUGACUGACUCUCUGACUGACUGACUGACUGCCUGUCUGACUGACUGACUCUCUGACUGACUGACUGACUGCCUGUCUGACUGACUGACUCUCUGACUGACUGACUGACUGCCUGACUGACUGACUGUCUGUCUGACUGACUGACUGACUCUCUGUCUGACUGACUGACUGACUGACUGUCUGUCUGUCUGACUGACUGUCUGACUGACUGACUGUCUGUCUGACUGUCUGACUAACUGACUGUCUGACUGACUGUCUGUCUGACUGUCUGUCUGACUGUCUGUCUGACUGUCUGACUGUCUGUCUGUCUGUCUGACUGUCUGUCUGUCUGUCUGACUGACUCUCUGACUGACUGACUGACUGCCUGUCUGACUGACUGACUCUCUGACUGACUGACUGACUGCCUGACUGACUGACUGUCUGUCUGACUGACUGACUGACUCUCUGUCUGACUGACUGACUGACUGACUGUCUGUCUGUCUGACUGACUGUCUGACUGACUGACUGACUGUCUGACUGACUGACUGUCUGACUGACUGACUGUCUGUCUGACUGUCUGUCUGACUGUCUGACUGUCUGUCUGUCUGACUGUCUGUCUGACUGACUGUCUGUCUUUCUGACUGUCUGUCUGUCUGACUGUCUGACUGACUGACUGACUGACUGACUGACUGACUCUCUGACUGACUGACUCUCUGACUGACUGACUGACUGCCUGUCUGACUGACUGACUCU